AUGUUCAAUUUGUCAAUUAUAGUUUCCGACAAAGUCAGUUUUGUGAAAAUAAUUCUAAUUUUAUUUUUAUCCACAGAUAUUUCUGAAUGUGCUGUUGUUGUCUUAAGUGAACCAGUAGAAAAGCAUGAUCGUUGUAUUUAUGAAGUGGGUGCAAAAGUUUUCAGUAACGAACGACGUGCUGAAAUCUUCAGCAAAGUUCUUGGAACAUCUAUUAUGUACGAACAGCAAACGAUAGAAGACUUUUACAAAACGAAUAUUAGCAGCGCCAUGAAUCAUUCGUUAGUCUACGAUCUCAUAAAACUUGCUUUCAAUGGUGAAGGUAAAAAAGCUACUCUUCAAUUAGCAGUUAUUCUUAAUCGACCUCUGCGCACAUUCGAAGAAUGGUUGCAAGAUAACAUCCAAUUAUUUCAAUGA